GAAACAUGCAUAUGUCCACACAAAGACUCAUCAAUGACUGUGCUGAGCAUCAGAUUCAGAGUGCUGGCAGAGGAGCAGGCGCUCAGGGGAGGAAGGCCCCCGGCCGCUCAGGGAGUCGAUCCAGCAACAUCUCCAAGGCCAGCAACUCCACAGCAGGACCAGCUACAGCCUCAAGAACAUCAAUCACCCCGUCCUCUCAGGACAUUUGCAGCGGCUCUAGCUCUAGCCAGCUGACCCGUGUAGAGGAGGAUGUCUCUGAGUCUCAGAAACCUGAGAAGCCCACCCACAGCUCUGUGAUGAGCGUCACCAACACGACUCUGGGCGCGGCCCCGAAGAAGCAGGUGAAGCGCCGCCACCGCCGCAAGAAGAGCAGCUGCUCCCCCGACUCGGUGGAAACCAACGGCAAAACGGAGCACAGCGAGUGCAGCCUCAGCGCUGAGUGCAGCGAGCUCGGGGAGAAGAAGGAGCGGACGGCCAAGACCCGGAGAGAGCUCCCCCCUCGCCUCCGCACCACAGGGGGCCCGCCCUCUGACUCCACCUCUGAGGAGGAGGCAGGGCGAGAGGACCGCAGCUGGAGCAAAGAGAAAGCCCGAAGAGUGAGGCGCCGCAGCGGAAGCAGCCGGGAGAGGGAUGGAGCCAACGAGGGGAAAGAAGAAGAAGAAGACAAGGUGAUGGAGCUGCAGUCGGUGUGCUCGGAAGAAGGGAAGGAGAGCCUGCCGCUGGCGGAGGAGAGAGCCGGGCUGAAGAAACGCAGCAACCGGGCCUCCGUGAAGAGAGACGAGCACGCCUCACAGAGAGGAGGCUCACAGAGCAGGGAGAAGGAGAAGAGCUCCAAGUCAGACUCCUCCUCAGGCUCCUCCUCACUGUCCGCGGACGGAGAGGAGCUCAUCAACAAGAGAUACCAGGAGAAAGGGGCAGGGGGGGGCGACAUGUCAGUGCCCACCCCUCAGAAUCACUGUGCUAUGAACGGAAGCACACAGUACUCUGACGACUCUGAUACGGAUGUCUGCAGGAUCUGCCACUGUGAGGGGGAUGACGAGUGCGCCUUAAUAACGCCUUGUCGCUGCACGGGGAGUCUGAGUUUCGUGCACCAGUUCUGUCUCAACCAGUGGAUCAGGUCCUCGGACACUCGCUGCUGUGAACUUUGCAAGUUUGACUUCGUCAUGGAGACGACGCUCAAACCGUUGUGCACGUGGGAGAGGCUAAACAUGUCAACGGGCGAGAGGAGGAAGAUCUUCUUCUCGGUGGUCUUUCACCUGCUAGCAGUAACGUGUAUUCUGUUAUCAGUCUUCGUUCUGGUCAUGAGAACCUCAGAAGAGAUCAAAAUUGGGAGGAACGGUGAG